UGGCGACGACGGCUCGGUGCUGGAAAGGGACGCAGUGAAGCUGGCCUCGGCUCGGAUAUGACUAAUGCUUAUUUGCGCGAGGUGUAUUUGCUGCUCAGUAAUUGCACGGGCUUCGGAUGAAUCUUUGGCUCCUAACUUCUCAUCACUCCUUUCACUGAUUUCCAUGUCUUACUUGUGAGUGCUUCGAACUAGGAUCAUCAGGACUGCUCAUCGUCUGUUACUGACUGUCCGUGACUGGUCCAGGCCGGAGUUCCUUGUUGGGUGACCCACACUCCUUCACAGGGGCCAUGGAGGAGGAGGGGCAGCAGAGCUUGGAGUGUAUCCAGGCCAAUCAGAUCUUCCCCAAGAAGUCCCCAGUUCUGGAAGAGGAAAACAUGCAGGUGCCCUUUCCUGAGCUGCACGGGGAGUUCACAGAGUAUGUGGGGAGAGCAGAGGAUGCCAUCAUUGCAAUGUCCAACUACCGCCUACACAUCAAGUUCAAAGAGUCCAUUGUCAACAGUUGUUGUUGUGAGGUGUCAGUUCCUCUCCAGCUCAUAGAGAACGUGGAGUGUCGGGAUAUGUUCCAGCUUCAUGUCACCUGUAAGGACUGUAAAGUCGUCAGGUGUCAGUUCUCUACUUUUGAGCAGUGUCAGGAAUGGUUGAAGCGCCUGAACGCUGUAGUGCGCCCUCCCUCUCGCCUGGAGGACCUCUUCUCCUUCGCCUUCCACGCCUGGUGCAUGGAGGUGUAUGCAGGUGAAAAGGAGCAGCACGGCGAGCUGUGUAGACCAGGCGAACACGUGACGUCCUGGUUCAAGAACGAGGUGGAGAGGAUGGGCUUUGACACUCAAAACGCCUGGAGGAUAUCUGACAUCAACAGCAAGUUCAGGCUUUGCCCCAGCUAUCCUCAGCAGCUCCUGGUGCCAGCCUGGAUCACUGACAAGGAGCUGGAAAAUGUGGCAGCCUUCCGCUCCUGGAAGAGGUUUCCUGCUGUGGUUUAUAGACACCAGACCACAGGAGCUGUGAUCGCCCGCUGCGGCCAGCCAGAGGUCAGCUGGUGGGGCUGGAGGAACGCUGAUGACGAGCACCUGGUCCAGUCCAUUGCCAAGGCCUGCGCUGUGGACAGCAGCUCCCGCAAACACCUUUCCAAUGGCAGCUACACCAACGGCACUGACCUGCCUGAUACCGACUUUGAAUCCUCCAUGACCAACAGCUCAGAGGUGGAGACGUUGGCCAUCCAGCCCCACAAAUUACUGAUCCUGGAUGCCAGGUCCUACGCUGCUGCUGUAGCUAAUAGGGCUAAAGGGGGAGGCUGUGAAUGUCCAGAGUACUAUCCCAACUGUGAAGUGGUGUUUAUGGGCAUGGCCAACAUCCACUCCAUCCGCAAGAGUUUCCAGUCUCUGCGUUUCCUCUGCACUCAGAUGCCCGAUCCAGCCAACUGGCUUUCUGCACUGGAGAGCACCAAGUGGCUGCAGCAUCUCUCCCUGCUGCUGAAGGCGGCGCUGCUGGUGGUCAACGCCGUGGACAGAGACCACAGGCCCGUACUGGUGCACUGCUCAGACGGCUGGGACCGCACACCUCAGAUUGUUGCUUUGUCCAAGCUGCUGCUGGACCCUUACUACCGCACUAUUGAGGGCUUCCAAGUUUUGGUGGAGACGGAUUGGCUGGACUUUGGCCAUAAGUUUGCUGACCGCUGCGGCCACGGAGAAAACUCUGAGGAUCUGAACGAGCGCUGCCCUGUCUUCCUGCAGUGGCUGGACUGUGUUCACCAGCUGCAGAGGCAGUUCCCAUGCUCCUUUGAGUUUAACGAGGCCUUCCUGGUUAAGCUGGUGCAGCACACCUACUCCUGUCUGUUCGGCACCUUCCUGUGUAACAGUGGCAAGGAGAGGGAGGACCGCCACGUCCAGGAGAGGACCUGCUCUGUCUGGUCACUGCUGAGACCGGCCAACCGCACACUGAGGAACAUGCUGUACUCCUCACACUCUGAGACAGUUCUACAUCCAGUGUGUCACGUACGCAACCUGAUGCUGUGGACAGCGGUGUACCUGCCCAGCUCCUCCCCCACCACCCCCUCCGACGACUCCUGUGCCCCCUACCCUGUGCCCGGCGGCAACCCGGAGGACACGCCCCUGGGCAGACGUACGAAAACUCGCUCCUUUGACAACUUGCCCAGUGCAUGUGAGCUGGGAAGCUCGCUGGCUCCGAACCGUCGCUCCAGUGACCCAAGCCUCAAUGAGAAGUGGCAGGACCACCGGCGCUCUCUGGAGCUCAACAUGGCAGUGGGGCCUGAGGGAGGGGGAGGCCAGGGUCAGGAGGUGCGGCCUAACGGAGUGGGGCCUUACCCAGACGGAGUGGACUCUGAGCUGGAAGACAGCCCGCAGCCCCGGGGCUCGCACACUGAGCCCAGACAGGAAGGCUCUGUGAGCGCAGCAGCAACACAGGAGGAAGCGGAGAAGGCGGAGCUCUCUGUAGCAGUGGGCGUGGCCGAGGGGCAGAUGGAGAACAUUCUUCAGGAAGCCACUAAAGAGGAGGCAGCAGCAGAUAUUCAGAGAGAGGAAAGUGCUGCUGUCACACAUGUCUUGGACAGCACAGAGGUCGAGAUAGAAGCAAAACUUGAAGACGAUGAUCAGUGUGCGAAUAUCGUCGGGACUGAGAUGCAGAGUGAAGCAUUUGCUAAUGGUCACCUUCCAGAAAAUGGCGUGAUGGAGGCUGAGGAGGAUGAAGAAUUUCCCCCUCUGCCCUCACAGAAGGCUGAGGAGCCAGAUCAACAGGCAGCUGAGGUGACUCAGAACCCAGAGAAGCUGGUGGAGGUGAAGCAGGAUGUAGAGAACUCUUCUGUACCAGAGGAGCUUGCUCAUGGACCCAGUGAGUCCGGCUCAGGUGAGCCAGAGCAGCCUGCAGCCCAAAGAACUAUAACUAACGGCUUUGUGGACAGCUCACCUGAAGAGCAGGGUGUGGAGGAGGAGCCCUGCCCUGACUCAGAGUCUGACCAAGUUAUCACAGAGGCGGUGGAGCAGGUGGAUAAGAGGGCCUCACUGAUGGAAAGCUCCACAGAGACUUUGACGGAGGAGGCCUGCAGCAGGCUGGAGCUUCCAGUGCAGCUUCCUGUUUGUCCAAGUCGUCAGCCCUGCAGUGACAGCAGGAGCCAACCGCCCUGCUCCAGGAAGGAGAAAGGAGCGGAGACGGGUGAGCAUGGCUUUAUGAGAACUUUAAACGGGGGCAGCAAGCGACCCUCUGUCAGUGCCUUUCAGUCUGACCUCAGCAGGGACGGGGUUUGUAACGGCGACAGCUCCGACGGGGAGCCCUGCGGAGGACAUCACUGGGCCAAAGGGAACGGGGAGAGGGCUCCUCUGAGUCGACAGGUGUCCCUAGUAAGCUGCAACUCCCUGAUCCUCCACCCACGGGGCAGCUGCUCUCAGCACCGCUGGUGCCAUGCCCUGCUGGGCCGGGCCGCCAUUAGCCCGGAGCAGCCGUCCCGCAGUCACCUGGAUGACGAUGGACUGACACUGCACACAGACGCCAUCCAGCAGAGGCUGAGGCAGAUUGAGGCGGGGCAUCAGAUGGAAGUGGAGACUCUGAAGAAGCAGGUGCAGGAGCUGUGGAGCCGCCUGGAGAAUCAGCAGCACGCCGGCUCCCACAGGAUCAACGGAGAUAUGGGAGACGAAGUGACCUCGAUGACAGACUCCGAGUACAAUCUGGACCCCAACUGUUUGUCACGCUGCAGCACGGAGCUGUUCUCUGAGGCCAGCUGGGAGCAGGUUGACAAACAGGACACUGAGGUGACCCGCUGGUACCCCGACCAUUUGGCAGCGCAGUGUUACGGCUGUGAGAGCAGGUUCUGGCUCGCCACCAGGAAGCAUCACUGCAGUGGCAGGGAGCCUGUCCAGGAGGUCUGGAACUGCGGUAACGUGUUCUGUGCCAGCUGUUGCGACCAGAAGAUCCCAGUGCCAAGCCAGCAGCUGUUCGAGCCCAGCCGCGUCUGCAAGACCUGCUACGGCAGCCUCAAGCUCAGCCCGGCUCCCCUGGAGCUGGAGCUGGAGAAACCCAUCACGGCCAGCUCCAACUGAGUGUCAGAGGUGCGGGACAGGAUGAGCUGCCAGCCGCCAACGCAGGCGCACCGCUGAAGAAGAAGAAGAAGAGCACAGGAGCUACACAGAAUGUCCCAUGUACUUUACGUGUGUGUGUGCUGCGGAUAUGGAAAUUAAUGUGUAUAUACAGAGAAUGACGUGGCAGAGGAGCUGAAUGACGUGUUGACGAGAUGCCGAGCGCUCUGAACUGUGGGUGUGCACAGGGGUGGGUUGUGUACGUGUGUGUGAGCGUGUGUGAGAGAGGGAAAUCACACGCGGGGGGGGUUGUGACAGGACUGCACUCCGAGGCCAGAGGAGUGAGAAUGGACAUCCUGGUGCCUUGGACCAGGCAGGCAGAGAAGGUCGUCUCACUGUGUCGCUGAAGUCUCUUGGAGGGCUUUGGUCUGUUAAAUCAUUUCCCCGCUCAUCAACGCUUCUCAUUGGACUCCUACGCACCAUCGUCUCCAAGCUCAGACUGCUUCUUUUCCCUGGAGGGUGUGUGAUCAGGAGCAAUGUGGAAAAUCUUACGAGUCCCUCAGCUUCAGAAAUAUCUGGAGAUCUGAUGCUCACAGUGUUGUUUAGGGAAAAGUGUAAAGGGUCAGUUCAUCCAAAUGAACAUACCAUACUUCCUCAUUUACUUCUAACCGCAACUAGAAAAAUAUUAAUAUAUUUUUUCAGGUUUUCAGAUCUUGUCCCAGGACACUGGAGGUGACCUGAAGUAGAGCUGCAACUAUUGUUCUUAUUACCGAUACAUCUACAAAUCAUUCUAUCAAUCAAUCAGUCCAUUUUCUUUCCGUAAAAUGCCAGAAAAAAAGUGAAAUUUGGUCAUUAUACAGCCCAGGGUCACAUAUAUGAAAGAUUUUUUUACCAAAUUAUUGUCCAAAACUAAAAGAUAUUUAGUUCAAUAACAGUAUUAAGAAAUACAGAAUCGUUUUUUUUUUUUUUUCAGAAGCUGGAACCACAGAGUGUUUUCUAUAGUUUGCCCUUUAAUUAUUUAAUAACUAGUUACUGUUUGCACAGAGAUGCAGCAGAGACCAAUAUAUCCUGACUUUUAGUCCUUAAUGUGGUUCAAGCUCCAAAAAUACUUGAUACUACAUAGCUCCUUCUUGCCUGGUUAAACGGCCACAUCUUUCACAUGCAGGCUUUUCGUAUCAAGUUUGUGGUCUCCAUGCCCCAGGAAAAGUGACUCUGAUGACAUCACAAUGACAUCACUGGGGUUACUUUUCAGGACUGUUUUCUGCAUGAUGAGUGAACUGAUAUUGUGUAAAAUUGGUGGAGUGCCUCUUUACAAAACCGUGUCUCCGUUACUCUGGAUAAUCAAUCACUAUUUUGUAAUUUGGGUGAACUGACCCUUUAAAGUGCUCUGGGCUGAAUCUUAAUGCAGCAUAUUUGCUUGCUUUUUCUUUUAAUUUUUUCUCAUCUUUUGACACAGAAUGGCCCACACGUGUUUUUAUAGAGUACCUACAGGUAAUUGACGUGUAAAUACAAAAUAUCCGUUUAGAGUUUGUGUGUAGCGUAUUGAGAUUCAGCCCAGAGUGCAGAGACGCUGCAACUCAAUCUGAAGGAUUUUGUCCCUCAAAGCACCGUACUUGUUUUCCAUGCUCACCUUGACCACCGUGAGGAGCAAAAAUUCUUUUUGUUUUGUUUUGAAACAAAAUCACCCAUACAAGUCUUACAACGGGACUAGUCAGUGAUCAAUAGAAAAGGCUUUUGAACAUCCGACCCUUUAGCAGCUGACGGCCGCUCAGCUCCUCGUCGCUGACAGACUGUUAUUCGGCGUCUGCUGGGAGUGUGAGCUGAUGUGUUGUGGCGUUGUCAGUUUGUGUCAGGCGGCAGAAGAGCUGCAGGUUGUUUGUGCCCGGCACAGACUGACUGACUGUGUAAUCUCUCCUGUAAGCCAUACCUUCAUGCCCUUCACUCACAACAGCCCCCUUUUUGUGAUUACUUACCCAGCAGGCACUGGGAGCUGGACGUCUCGCUCACUUUUCGGUCCAUCGGUGGAAAUCACAAGUGAAGAUAUGACACGUUUAACCUCAAAUUCAAAAUACAAUAUUUUUGUUUAUUUCAUGUAAUUAUUAUUAUUAUUUCUUGGAGGCGGCUAUUGACAGUGACCUCACUCGUGAUCUCCACUCUGAUUGGCUGAAACACAGAGGAGGACAGCAGCAGUAGAAAGGGCUCUUGGCGUUUUCAAAAGUCUGUAACUCCCACAUGAAACAAGUCAGAGAAGCUACACUGAGACGCCCGCUCUGCCUCACAGCUAUUCAAUGACCUCCUGCGCACACACACACACACACACACACACACACACAC